AUGAAAGCUGCAGCGAUGUCGGUCUGGAUAUUCAUUAAUGUGCUAUGCUUCGGAAUGUGUGGCUACUUGUAUUUAAUCUGGUAUCAGUAUUGGAUGUACGAAGAGAAGCAGCGAAAUCUCACUAAAUCGGAUAAUCCUCCGAAAACUAUGAUAUCUGGCGUUAAUUAUGCGAUGGAAAGAAAUAAUUCCAAGUUUCUAUUGAAUUCUACUUUAAGAAUUGAGUUCCUUCGGAAAAAUCGGAGGUCGGCAGUGGGGGGCUUUUGGAGUAGUGGUGGGUCACGGCAGAUGUCGAACAAGACGUCGAGUUCUUACCACGUCCCGUCUAAUAACAUAGUGAGGAAGAGCAACGGCAGUCCCAGGUUCCCGAACAUCGACCGACCCUUACUGGAGUUCGACAGUGAUAAAUACAUUUGUAACGACGUCACUUCCUCGGACUGUGAAGAACGAACCGCAAAGUUCAAAGAGCUCUUGUUGAAAGAGUUUCAUAGAGUGCUAAUGGGAGAGAGUAAAGUUUUCACGUCAGGCUUAGAUGUUCACAAUACUUAUGAUGUUAAAUAUGACAGUAACAGUCCGAAGAAAAGUUCUAGAGAAGAAGUGAUGUGCGCGUUGAAAAGUGUGGACGUACAGACAGUUACUGCUGAUGACGAACCGUUUGCGAGACUCGGCUUCAAGAUCCCGAGGGCACCCCUACAGGAGCAGAGUCAUUACAACACUUGUGCUGUUGUUACAAGCGCUGGAGCGUUGCUGGGCUCUGACUUGGGAGAAUUUAUAGAUUCUCACGACAUGGUAUUGAGAUUCAACAACGCGCCCACCGAGAAUUAUACCGAGAGUGUCGGCUCCAAGACCACUUUCAGAGUUCUUAAUUCACAGGUGGUUGCAAAGCCAGAAUUCAACUUCCUGGACGAUCCAUUGUACCGCAAUGUGUCCAUUCUCAUCUGGGAUCCGGCGAACUACACGUCGACAUUAGAAGACUGGUACCAUCAUCCGGACUAUCCACUUUUUCCUAUUUAUAAGACGUUACUUGACCGAUAUAAGAACGCAGAUGUACAUUUGUUAAAUCCCCAAGUUCUAUGGGCACUAUGGUCAGUGCUACAAGGCACAUCCCCAUACCGUUUACGGAGAAACCCACCAUCGUCAGGAUUUAUAGGUCUUUGGUUUGCGUUGCACCGUUGUAAGCGCGUGCGCAUGUUUGAAUACGUGCCGUCUGCGCGUGCGACGCGCCGGUGCCACUACCACGCGCCGGCGCACGACGCCGCCUGUACCCUCGGCGCCUGGCACCCACUGGCACAUGAGAAGACCCUUGCUGAGCGUCUACGAGAUAACAAAGACGUUCAAGUCUUUCAACAAGGAAUCAUUGAUAUUCCUGGCUUCAGAACCAUCACUUGUCAUUAA